AUUAAUCGUUGCUAAGUUACUGCUGAGCGGUGUUUUCGAGUGUUACGUUCUGAAGUGGUAUUUAAGAGUUAUGUAGAAAUGCUUGGUUUUUAUUUGUAGUGUUUUACAGUUUUUAUUAGCAAGAAAUAUUUUUGCUGUUUAAUUUUUUUAAAAAUUAGUAGCUUUUUAUCAUGGAGGGUUUGCCUCUUCUGCCUGGAUAUAUUUUCAGAGACCCAACUGAAACAAAAUUUCACUUGCCACAGAAGUUUGGUUUCAAGAAUGGGUACCGAAUAGCAACGCCUGUGAGUGUUGGGAUAGGUGACAAGCCAUUGGAUUCUGACUCUAUUACAUUUUAUAGGGAUACUCAAUAUGUGCAGUUUGACCCGUCGCUGACAUACGGCCGGUCGAAGCGCUCUGCGCCUCCUGUGUUCGUGCCUCACUUCGUCCUAUACGACAAGAAGGCGCUGCUUUUCCGAGGUUUCUUCAGGGAGUCUGUGUGCGAGUCCCCUGCUGAGCACUACAGGGUGCGCCAUGUGAACAUAGUGUACUACCUAGAAGACGACACCUUGUCUGUCUCGGAGCCAGCGGUCAAAAACUCCGGACUGGUGCAAGGUUGCUUGGUGCGACGAGGCAGGAUCCCCAAGAACGACGCUGGCCACUGCUGGCACUGGAAGGACCUGAAUAUCGGAAUCGACAUGCUGAUCUAUGGCAUCGUGUACCACACCAUCGACUGUGACAAAUUCACCAAGGAGUACAUGGAGAGCCAGGGCGUCGAGCUGAACCCCCCUGAGGAACUCCCGGCCGACCCUUACAUCACGGACAGAACUUUAAAGGAGCAGACACCUGCCAGCGCUCCUGCGGUUACAGACGACAGGCUGAGGCGUUUCCUGGAGUUCGACGGCAAGAUCCUCAGGUUCUUCGUGGCGUGGGACAACCGAGACGCGGACCCGACCGGCUGCUCGGAGCUGGCCCCCUACGUCAUCUACUACUUCCUGGCGGACGACACGGUCCAGGUGCAGGAGGUUCGCUCGGACAACGACGGCCGCGACCCCUUCCCGCUGCUGCUCCGCAAGACCAAGCUGCCCAAGAACUGGAAGGACCUGCCAGCCAAUUUUCCUUCACUAUAUCUGGAGAUCAGUGACCAGGAAAUAACAGAAUUUUACUCACCAAAGGAUUUCAUCAUUGGUAACACUAUCUUUGUAAUGGGUCGCAGGUUUCUGGUAUACGACUGUGACCCCUUCACUCGAAACUACUUCCAGAAGGCGCUAAACAUCACUCAACCUGCGAAGAUGGAUGUUUUCCCAAAAAAGAAGCCUCCUCCAAAACCAGCGAUUCCCCCUCACACCGGGUUCGGCACGCCCGAAGACUCGCUGCAGUCGUGCCUGUCGCUGCAGCCCAAGCCUCCGAGGAAAGACGUCAUAAGAUACGUGGUCAACGCCAACAAGAACCUGCGCUACGAGGCCCGGCUGGACUGGGUGCACCCGGAAGACAAGGACCGCAGGUUCAUCGUCCUCUACUCUCUGGCCGAUGGCAACCUUUCCAUCACGGAACCGCCCGUUCGCAACUCCGGAAUCAUCGGGGGCCGGUUUCUCAAGCCGAUGCUCGUCCCGAAGCCUGGCACGGAUCCCGACAACCCUGAAUACUACACCGCCGCGGACAUAUUCGUGGGCGCCGUGCUGGUCGUCUUCCAGCACCGGUUCAUCGUGACCGGUGCCGACCUGAUGGUCUACCACUACAUGGAGGCCAAUCAGGAGAAGUUCCCGCCCUUGGUCUUCAGCAACAUCCGCAGCUACGUGCAGCGCCAGGGGCUGGUGCCGGCGGAAGUCGAGGAGUGCGGCCCGGAGAGAGCCUGCGAGGAUCCGUGCGUGGAUCCGUGCGAGGAGCAGGCACAGCCAGCCCAGUGACGCUCUUCUUCUCACAUUCUCUCUCACAGCAACAUCUCAUUCAUUUUAAACACACUUUUUAUGGCUACAAAACACAAAUUUCUAGAUGUACCAUUAUUUUUGUCUAUUAAAUUUUUAAAACUCUAUGUUAUUAAAUUCUCAUAAAUACAAAU